AUGGGAUGCAUUGAUUCCAAGCAACCGAGAGUAGAGGAACUUAGCUUCCAGCGAUCAGAACAGAUGUCCGAUGAAAAGCUGCUUGAGAUUGUGAAGGAUUUCGCAGGAGGUUUGAAUCAUCCAAUGCCCGGUGCUACGAAAACACAAGGGGAUUUUGUCAUUGUGAAAAUUGCGCUUGAGAGGGAAAGCGAAGAUGACUUCUUUGAGUGGGCCUUGUAUCAUGUACCCAGCUGGAAACCUGGGGCGAAACCGCUACUGAAGUCGCAUUUUUGCGACCUUUCGCAUGUGGGCUGCAAGGGCACUGGUCAGGAGCUCACCUUUGGAGCAGAGGGCGAAGUGCUCAAAGUGGAUGGAAACGACUCUGACUUGGUGAGGGAAACGUUAAAACUGAAAGACCUGAUGCAGUAA